AUGAGACGUGAGUCUAUCGAAAUUCGUCGAGUAGUGUGCCGAGUCGAAAGAAAAAAAAAUAUGGUGCUACGACCGGAGUGGGAAAAUAUGGACGAAUUUAAAGGUUGGCUAAAAUCGGCAAGUGGAGACUCAAGCAAAGCAUUUUGUACAUAUUGUUCUACGGAGAUUCUUGCAAAACUGUUUGAUAUAAAGAAGCAUGCUCAGACCAAAAAGCAUGAACAGAAAGUAGAGUUCAAAACAGGCAAUAAAGAAAUUCCUUUCAAAGUUGUACCAAAAGAACAUUUAUUUAGACCUUGCGAUGAAUCUGAAGGCGCGUUGACCUUAUUUAUUGCCGAGCACUGUUCUAUAUUAAGUGUUGACCAUUUAGGUGAACUAUGCAAAAUGUGUUUCAAAGACUCCAAAGCUACACAGGAGCUUAAAUUGCAUCGCACUAAAUGUACAGAAAUAAUGAAAAAUGUGGCUGAUGUCUCACUUUCGCAAGGAGCUCUUAGAUGA